UUGUAGUGCCUAAUUUAACAACACCAGCUCCCACACCUGACAGUUACAUUUUGACUGUUACACCAAACCCCUACAUUAUGGACACAGUGACGUGGUCAGUGCUUUUAGGCUUGGGUUUUGUUUUGCUGCUCAUCUGCAUUGCCUGUGUUAUUCACAAACAUUCUAAAGGGCACAAGAGAAUAGGAGCUAGAGCAAAAGAAGCCCUGGUUAAUGCUACCCAUGGAUCACAGUGCCCAGACACUUGUGAAACAACUGUUGUUUAUGCAGCAAUAAACAUUCCUCGAGACAGUGUGAAAUCAAGAAAUGAGAACUGUCCAGCUCCGACACUCAUUUCAGUGACCUGCACCGAGGAAUCAGUGACAUACUCUGAGGUCCACAUAAAGAAAGGACCAAAGGAUAAAGGUUAAGCAUCAUUUGCCUAAAUUUUAUUCACACUAUAAUCUCUUUUGCCUUGCAUAUGAGGCAGGGUGUCAUUGACAGUCUUUUAGUCGCACUUCAAGCUUCUGGUCCUGUUCGGCUUUAUUAUUUCUGUAAAUAUUUUUAGAUAGUUUCCAAUUUUCUGUUUCUCUUCAUGUAAUACUCAUGAAGACUGAAUUGUUAAAUGUAGUCGGUUCACAUUUGAAUCGCUAUUAAGCUGUAUUGUGCUCAAAAUGCAUGUAUAUUUAAAAUAAAAUUAUAAAAACAUUCAUUCCUCUGAGAAAAAAAGAUUGAAAGAUUUUUUCUUAUUUCUUCGGAGUGAUUAAGGUUAGUGAUGCUUAGACAUAUUUUUAUUGCAUUGUUUAACAGGUGACAGUCAAACUGAUAUGCAACCUCAUGGAAUUGCAAAAUGAUGUUUUUGUGAGUUUAUUUGCCAGUGCUUUUAUUUUUAAGACUGUAAGUGCAC